GUUCGACACACACGAUUGCAAAAAGAUAACUUUUUCUGAAAGGCAAUGGUAUCUACGAUCAUCAACGCUAGGUGUUGGUGCCAUGUGAUUGUGUUUUUGACAUUGGUAGCCGUGUACGUAUGUGGUUUUGGGACGGGGGCACCCCAAAAUGCGUGUGGUUCCAUGAUACCGCAACACGGGGAACAAAGCGGUACAUUAGAGAUGCAAAGUAUGGACACCUCUCCAUACUCACUUAAUGUUUCACGGGCCGAGUUUGAACCAGGCGAAGAAAUAUACGUGGAAGUUACCGGCGACAUUUUCCGUGGAAUAUUAGUUCAGGCACAUGAACCUCAGAGUGACACACCCGUCGGAACAUUCGGUCCACCACCAGAUGGCGCGCAGCAUCUUGCGUGUUCAAGCGAACGCGAUAGUCUUACUCAUACAAACUCGAAUUUAAAAACCAGAAUAACAUUUACAUGGAUUGCGCCACAGGCAGGCAGUAUUCCUGGAGGUGCAGUAGAAUUUGUGGCAACCAUUGUUCAAAGUGUGGACGUGUUUUGGACCGAUGUGUUAUCUCAGCAGAUAUACCUAGCUGAUAGCGGCCACGAUUAUACCACUGAUCCGGAGGGAGGUACCAGUGACAGCGGGGAUUUGGAAGAUGAACCAUGGACACGUUUAACAUAUUCUCAGAAUACAAUUGAGAUCGUUACUGAAAUGGAAAGGGGUGAAGAUGACGUCACAAUAUCUGACAAUGGUGUAAUCACUGAUGGUAGCGAAGUUGCUAACGAAUAUAAUGAAGUAAGCACUGAUGAAGAUGCCGCAGUGGUCGAAACUUCAGAUGACGAUGAUGUCACCAUGUUAGAAGGCACCACUGGAGAUAAGAGAGAGG